UCUCAUCGCCAGUCAAAAUGUAUCCUCUGCCCUCUUCCUGCUUGUUAGGUUGUCCUUUCUGUCAUGUAUAUGUAUCUGACGCUUUUUCAUCACAUCUGACAACAACAGAACUUUGUCCUUAAGGGUAGACUUUUGCUUCUCAUCGACUGAGCACUGAACAUUCUGAGGGUCGAUGUCCAAAGACAACCGCCACGAUGGACGACGGCGUGGCGCUGGGCAACACCGUCUCGGCCCGAGAGUUAACCAAGGUGGGGACGUUAGGGAGAGGUCUGGUAGCAACAGCUCUGGCUCCUCGCAUGGAGGAGGCAAAAACAAGAAUGCAUCCAUAACUGUCCUAAAGGCAUCUUUUCAGCGCUCCAACAGCCAUGACAAAGUGCGGAGGAUAGUUGCUGAAGAGGGUCGUGCUGCUCGAAACCUCAUAGCUUGGAGUGUUCCUCUAGAGAACAAAGAAGAGGAAGUAAAGUCCAAAAGCAACUCCAGUGGCACUUCCAGAGCUCAGAGGAUCAAUUCUGGGCAACAAAGGAAUAAGAAACAGAAUGUUGGAGUGGAAAGUAAAGGCACAGCUGGCACCUUGUUGGACAAGGGGACAGAGAAGAGCCCCACCAAAGCCAGACAGCCCCGCAAGGUGGACCUGCGAGCACGCUACUGGGCGUUCCUCUUCGACAACUUGCGUAGAGCUGUGGAUGAGAUUUACGUCACCUGUGAAUCUGAUCAGAGCGUUGUAGAAUGCAAGGAGGUGUUGAUGAUGUUGGACAACUAUGUACGGGAUUUCAAAGCUCUCAUAGACUGGAUCCAGCUUCAGGAGAAGUUGGAGAAAACAGAUGCCCAGAACAGGCCCACCUCUUUAGCCUGGGAGGUGCGUAAGAUGUCUCCGGGACGUCAUGUGAUGCCAAGCCCCUCAACCGACAGAAUGGCUCCUUCUCCAGGUGCACGUCGCUCCCUCAGCUUUGGUGGUCCUCCACCUACACUGGCUGCAGCCCGGCUCUCCCACACAGGCCCCAGCUGGGCAGACCGAGUCAAGUGCACUCAUCCUGUCUCUAGCUCCAAUCAGCCAACCACAUACCCAGUAGAAAAACCCGGUAAAAAGGAUGCUGAGGGAUGGGAGACCGUCCAGCGAGGGCGCGCUGCCAAGCCUCGCUCUGCUGCCAUAGUUGCCAAGGUCAGUCCUGUCUUGGCUCAUGUCACCCCAAAACAGGACAUCACCAAGGGUAACCAGUCACAUCUGCCGUCACAGGAACCACAGCAACUUCACCCUCAGUAUCCCCCAGCCAAGGACGUAGUCCAGACAGGUACUGAGCAGCAAGUCCCUGCGGAGCCCGACCCCCCGGAGGAGGUUGGAUGUCCAGAGAAUGGAGGCAUGAUUGAGCCUGCAACAGAGAGUGUACAAGACUUGGGGCAGUGUGUCGACGCACGCUGUGAAGACACACCUCCUCUCAUAACAGAUCAUACCCCUUCCCAAGUCCCAGAGCCCAUCCCAUCCUCAGCCAUAGUCCCACCAACUGCCAUUACCUUAUCUGUCCCAGUCCCUGCUCUGGCCUGUUCCCCAUCCCCAGAUCUACCCCAGAUGGAUGGGCUUGGUGCACUGUUGGCCUUGGGGGACACUGGGGCUGAGGGAGGCCCGUCACAGGGCAUGGCCACAUCUGCUCCAGGACAGGCUGAGACUCCCAUGGCAGCGGUGAAACUGGAGAGUGUGCUGGACCCCACAGAGCUUUCUACUCCCGAGUCCAUGGCAGAGGUACUGGCCAAGAAAGAGGAGCUCGCCGACCGACUGGAGAAGGCCAACGAGGAGGCCAUCGCCAGUGCAAUUGCUGAGGAAGAGCAGCUGACCAGAGAGAUUCAGGCUGAGAACAAUGACCUGGAGACUGACAACGAAAGUGACUUCUCUGCUAGCAUUGGCAAUGGAUGUUGCGGAGUGAAUAUGGAUUGGACUGACAUGUUAGCAGAUUAUGACGCCCGGGAGACAUGGCGUCAGAGUACCUCAUGGGGGGACAUGGUAGAAGAGGAACCUGCUCGACCACCUGGACAUGGAAUCCACAUGCAUGAGAAAUUGUCUUCACCAUCCCGCAAAAGAACCAUUGCAGAGUCGAAGAAGAAACAUGAGGAGAAACAGCUGAAGGCGCAGCAGCUCCGGGACAAACUCCGGGAGGAAAAGACUCUCAAACUGCAGAAGCUUUUGGAGAGGGAGAAGGAGGUGAGGAAAUGGAAGGAGGAGUUAUUGGAGCAACGUCGGAAGAUGAUGGAGGAAAAGCUGUUACAUGCAGAAUUUAAGCGAGAGCUGCAGCUCCAGGCGAUUGUGAAGAAGGCCCAAGAAGAAGAAGCCAAGGUGAAUGAAAUCGCUUUUAUCAACACCCUGGAAGCCCAAAACAAGAGGCAUGAUGCCCUGGCCAAGCUCAAUGAGUAUGAGCAACGCCUUAACGAGCUGCAGGAGGAGAGACAGAGGAGACAAGAGGAGAAGCAGGCCCGAGAUGAGGCUGUGCAGGAGCGUAAACGGGUCUUGGAAGCAGAGAGGCAGGCAAGAGUGGAGGAGUUGCUGAUCCGGAGGAAAGAGCAAGAGGCUCGUAUCGUACAGCAGAGGCAGGAAAAAGAAAAAGCUAGAGAGGAUGCAGCACGAGAAAGGGCCAGAGACCGAGAAGAACGUCUGGCUGCUCUUAGUGCUGCUCAACAGGAGGCCAUGGAGGAGCUACAGAAGAAAAUUCAGAUGAAGCAUGAUGAGAGCAGUCGCAGGCAUAUGGAGCAAAUUGAGCAGAGGAAGGAGAAGGCUGCUGAGCUCAGCGGUGGUCGACAUGCUAAUACAGACUACGCCCCCAAACUGACACCAUAUGAGCGCAAGAAGCAGUGCUCCCUGUGUGGUGUUGUGAUCACCUCUGAAGUGCACCUGUUCAGCCAUACCAAGGGCAAGAGGCAUCAACAGGCCGUGAGAGACGGUAGCAGCAUCCAGGGACGGGAGCUCUCUGAUGAGGAAGUGGAGCAUCUUUCAUUGAAGAAAUACAUUGUGGAUAUAGUGACAGACAGCUCUGUUUCUUCUGAGAACAUGAAGGAUGGAGAAGAGCGGCAGAAGGCACGGAAGAAGGCAAAGAAGCUCCGUGCCAGGAUGAACUCCAGAGCAAAGGAAUAUGAGAUCUCAAUGGAAGCAAAGACACAGGUCCCUGACUCUCCAUACAAGGCCAAGUUGCAGCGCCUGGUGAAGGACCUGCUGAAGCAGCUGCAGGGCCAAGACAGCGGCCAGUGGGCCAGCAACAAAGUUUCUGGUCUGGACAGAACUCUUGGAGAGAUUUCUCGUAUCUUAGAGAAACAGAACAAUGCAGACCAAGUGGCUUUCCAAGUGGGCGGCGGCCUGUCGGCUCUGGAACAGAUUCUGCAGGUUGUCACUGCCGCUUCCACGCCCACUGCAGUUCCUCGUAUUCCUCUCAAAUCUCUAUGUGCUGCUAUAAAUACCUACUACCUGGCGUGUUCCUGCUGCCCCCUCAACUGCUCCUAUGUGCUGUUUAGCAACAAGAUAGCGCUCCUUAUGGACCUGCUGCUGCAUCAACUAACUCUGUAUGUCCCAGAUGAGGACAAGUCCAUUUUUGGGCGCAGUGUAAACAGACUGGUCUUUGAGGGUUUGACAACAGGUCUGCUGCAGACCAUUGCUGCCAUCCUGGGGUCUCUGUGGCCACAAAUCUCUGAAUCUGGACAAAGAGAAAACACGUGGAUUUCCUCCCCAGAUGCCAAGGUUAAGAGCUCCACCAUAGAGUCUUUCAGCGGUCGUACACAAGACCUAAUCAGCUACGUAGUAAACAUGGGUUUGAUUAACAAGUUGUAUGGAUGCUUCCUGUCGGUCCAAGGUCCUGUAGACGAGCACCCUAAGAUGUCUGCUUUCCUCCAGCAAGCCUCAGCUCUGCUGCACAGCAUGUGCAAGCUGUGUUUUGUCGUAACUGGACGUGCUCCCAGUAUAUUUGACAAUAAACGCCAGGACCCGACUGGGUUGACGGCCUUAUUGCAGUCUACAGACCUGGUGGGAGUGGUGCACACCCUGUAUUGUAUCUUGCUACACAAUUUUUUGCCAGAGUCGACUUCCCAGAGUCAGGAACCCUACGGCCCCGGGGUCAUCCAGGUGGCUUUGCAAGGCAUCCGCUUCCUCAACAGUUUUGCCCUGCUUGACCUAUCUGCCUUCCAGUCGGUUCUAGGAGCUGAGGGCCUGUCCCUAGCGUUCCGGCACAUUGUCAGUUCUCUGCUCUGGUACUGCAGCCAGCACUCCUCUGAAGAGCUGCUGCACGAAGUUAUCAUCUGUGUAGGAUACUUCACCGUUAACCAUCCUGACAACCAGGUGAUAGUGCAGUCUGGUCGCCAGCCCAGCGUGCUGCAGAAACUCUGUCAGCUGCCUUUCCAGUACUUCAGCCACCCCCGCCUCAUUAGAGUGCUCUUCCCCUCCCUCAUCUCGGCCUGCUACAACAACCCUCAGAACAAGGUCAUCCUGCAGCAGGAGAUGAGCUGUGUGCUGCUGGCUACAUUCAUUCAGGACUGUGCUGCAAAUGAGAAGGAGUCGGACAACAAAACUAAGCAAGCAAUAUUCCAGCUGCUGGAUUACUGUGAGCUGGCCAACCGCUUUCCACGAGAUCAGUGGGACUCAGCACUGCAGUUCUUUCUCAAGAAGCAGGAGGAGUGAUGGAGCCGCACACUGUCCUCACUACGGAUAAGCACAGAAUAAACACUACAAAAGAGCGUGAGAUGUAGCGAUGUCUCUUGAGCCUUGUGUUCUUUUCCCUGACUUAAAGUCUGCCCAUGAGUAAAUUAUGUGUUUUUGAGAUUUUGUCAAAUGUAAAGACUGUGAAACCUUGUCCUGUGCUGGUUCAUCAGUGUAGAUUUUUUUUUUUUUUUUUUUUUUUUUGGAAGUCAGACUGAUGUUAAUGAGGAAUUUGCACAAUAUUUCUUAUUUGUACAUUCAAAACAUUCACAUGGACUCAGUUUAGUGUCUGAACAAGUCAUUGGUUAGUUUUCUUUUCUAUUACAGAUAGAAAUGAAUCUGUUUCAAAAGCAGUGAAGGCUUUAAUCUGAAACAUGUAUUUAUACUGUAAUUAUUUGCCAAUUGUUUUCAUUAGUGCUGUUAAUUGAUUGAAUUUGUGGUAACACUGUUAUCUCCUGUCUACAUUUUGCCAGUUACAACUUACAUGACCUGCCUUCAUUGUAAAUUCUUUUCAAAUUUAUAUUUUUUUCCAUUUUUUCUCCAUCUCUCUCUGUUUACAGAUUAAUAUAA